AUGUCAAGUUUUACAUCUGUUCGGAAUCCGGAUUCUGGCGGCCUCAUCGACACCGCUACGGCUAUGUCCGCCCUCGUGGAUAUUCUUGAUGGCCAGCCCACCACGCCACCAUCGCUCUACAUCGACCUUGAGGGGGUCAACCUCUCCAGACAUGGCACUAUAUCCAUUCUCCAAAUCCACAUUCUGCCCCGUCGCCAGACCUACCUCGUCGACAUCCACAUCCUCGGUGAGACGACAUUCUCCGCGCUUGGUUCGACCACAGGCCGUACCUUCAAGGAAAUUCUCGAGUCAGAGACCAUCCCCAAGGUCUUCUUCGACGUCCGGAACGACUCGGAUGCGCUGUUCAGCCACUUCCAGAUUUGUCUCGCGGGCGUCCAGGACCUGCAACUCAUGGAGCUUGCCACACGCACAUCCCCACGGAAGUACGUCUAUGGGCUGGCCCGGUGCAUUGAGCGGGAUACCACCCUGAGCGCGGCGGAGCGGCGUGCCUGGAUGGCUACCAAGGAGCGAGGCGCCAGAGCCUUUGCGCCCGAGCGUGGGGGCAAUUACCAGGUGUUCAACGAGCGACCGCUCCGUGAGGAAAUCAGGCAGUAUUGUCUCCAGGACGUCUAUCUCCUCCCCCGGUUGUGGGCGUACUACAACAGUAAGCUCACCAAGGCUUGGGAGGGAAGAGUGGCUGAGGCUUCGCGGGACAGGGUGGCACUGUCUCAGAUGCCCGGCUUCAAUGGCAAAGGACGGCAUAUGGCACUGGCACCCGCUGGUUGGUCCCAGCUGUGA